AAUACUGUUGCCGGUGAGCGCUGGAGUGGAAAAUCAGAACUUAUUGGCCAGUGGGGCGAACAGAGGUACCUAUUAGCAGUGGCCGCUACGGACAGUGUCAGGCUUGAUGAUGGGAAGGGAUGAGUUAUACUGAACGGUUAGGCAUUCGCAACCUGGAUUUGGUGGUUGGAGAGUGGCAUUGGUUAUUCCUUGUUUUGGACCAUGCGACGUAGAUCUGGAUCCUUAUCAUUUGGUCCUGUGUUUCUGAAUGUUCACAUUCUGAUAUCGUGCUUGUUGUGGAUUCUGCUUUUGAGGAUGAAGAUUGGUCAAAUUGAUGGAUGGCAUGAGUUGCAUGACGCAUCCUCCUCGGUGAUAAAUCGCUGAAUGUGCUCUGAAACAUUGAUGAACACAAACAACAUUUGCGCGUCCAAAAUCAAGCACUUAAUGGAUAAAUACUGCCCGUCACGGCGAUCCAUGACACGCUUACUUUCAUAUCACAAUGACAUUGAGAUGUUCAGUCUAUGGAGACACCUUUCUUCAAUAGACUAAGCCCUAUGUGUGACUUAAGCGGCGACGCUACAGCAAUGACCCGAGCGGCUGUCAGGUAGGACACAGAGAGCCCCGCCAGUCACAAUGCCAAACAUCGCCCAUUCCAGAUGGGCAUUCGUACCUGCUUUCAAGCCAAAGGGUGAAAACUCAUGUCUGAGACUACACAAAUGAAGGAAAUUCGAGGUGGAUAUCUGCCUUUAGACUUGAAUAAUCACUAAGAACCUUUUACCACUACCCGUCGUACGAGUCUUUCAUCUUAGUGAAACCUCAAGUAACCAAGCAUUGGAUAUGGAAAACUCCACAGAAGAACUUCCUUAUAACGUUGCCAUGUAUAUAUUCGACAAUGUCACUGUCGCAGGGCUAGACGAUAACCUCACCGCCAACGGUACAGACAAUACCGUUGAGAGACGGUAUACCAACCACGUCCCGAGAUACAAUGAAGGUAUCAUGAUUUUCAUCUGCCUCAUUUUGGGUUCCAUGAUCUUGGCGACCAUUUUGGGAAAUGUGUUUGUUCUCACCGCUAUUUUGAUAGAGAAAAGUUUGCAAGGUGUGUCGAACUAUUUGAUUCUGUCUCUAGGUGUGACGGAUUUGAUGGUAGCAGUUCUGGUGAUGCCGCUUAGUUUAGUUAAUGAGAUAAGCAUUAACUGGUAUCUCGGCGGAGAGGUGUGUGACAUGUGGAUUUCAAUGGACGUGUUGUGUUGUACUGCGUCCAUCCUCCAUCUCGUGGCGAUAUCCUUUGACCGGUACUGGGCUGUGUCCAACAUAGACUAUAUUAGAAGACGGUGUGCCAGACAGAUUAUGCUCAUGGUUGUAAUUGUGUGGUUUGUCUCCGUGAGUAUCUCCAUCCCACCUCUGUUUGGUUGGAAAAAUAACGUCGAUCCAGAUGUAACGGGACAAUGUAUGAUAAGCCAGGAUCAAGGAUAUACCAUAUUUUCUACAGUUGGUGCGUUUUAUUGUCCCUUGACUCUCAUGCUUGUGCUGAAUUUUAAAAUUUAUAAAGCGGCGAGGUCGAGAAUUCGGAAAAAGAAAUUCGGAGGACGACCGAGGCCGGCGCCUGUCCCGGUAGUGCAAGUUGAAAAUACCGGGAACCCGUCACGGAACUCUUCCGGAAGUGACGUAAGCCAAGAUGGCUUCAGUAUGUUUAAUGGUUCCUGUGUAAAUAUGAACGAGAUCUCGCGGAUUGAAAGUACUAUUGAAGGUCCAGAGGAGGCCCAAAAUGGCAAUGGCCUUCAAACAAACAAUGGCCUCUUAGGAACCAAUGGGAACCUACCCCCAAAUUUCGGGCCAUCUCUCACAGUGCCUGGGAAUGUUUAUGUGUUGUCUAAAAACAGAUCAAACAAUAAUAGCAAAAGGGCAAGGAACCGAGAAAAAGACAAACUUCGGAAGGAAAAAAUUGAAAUGAGGAGGGAAAGGAAGGCGGCUCGGGUAUUAGGAAUCAUCACUGGUGCUUUUGUUGUUUGCUGGUUGCCGUUUUUCAUGAUUGCUCUAAUUGCUCCUUUCUGUAAAGAAAGUUGUACGUUCCCUCCUAUCAUGAUGAGUUUCUUCUUGUGGCUUGGCUAUUUUAACAGUUUACUAAACCCGAUCAUCUACACAAUAUUUAAUCCAAGUUUUCGCACUGCAUUCAGAAAAAUAUUCUUCAGAAAGUUGAGGCUUGUUCAAAGGUGAAUACUGUGAUUUUUUUACAUAUUGUUGUUGAUGAUGUUGAAAAAUGGGGCAGUUUCCUGAAGUCAAAAACAUCAUCACAUCGUUUCUGUAUCAUGCAUCAAUAAUUGUGGUCAUUGCAUUUACAUAUGUUAUUUUAGAGUACGUGUUCAAUCAUUCAACGGCUGUUUUAGACCGACCCCUUUGUGGCAUCUGAUACUGGAAAUAUUCAUGAUACGUAAAAAGCAAAAAAAAUCUUAUAAUAAAAAAUGCGAUCGCAAUUCUUUUUCAGAAAUACGAACGUAUCUGAUUAUUUCUUCCCACGUGGUUUAAAACAUCAAUUUGUUUUAUUUCAUGUAAUCAGUUGCCACACUCCUAACUCCGUUGUGCGUUUCAACUCGCUACGAUUUUGUGGUUAUACAUUUCUGUGAAUUAGAGAUAUAUUUUGCAAUUUCAUAAGAACUCAUCCUACAUAUUUCACUCGGGCAAGGCGAUAAGAAUCCAUUCGUGUGAUUGACUUCAAGAGGUUUUCCCAUUUCCUGUAAAUACGUGUCACAAUGUAAAUGUACAAGCAUAUGAACUAUACCCUUAUGUAUCACUAUAAAUCUUAUUUUUACUGUAGAUUUCUCAUUUCAAUCAACUGGAAGUUAUACUGCGCAUGCGUAUCACGUCAUCGGCAAUACAUCCCAAUCUUCUAUUUUCUUGGUGCAUACUUUAUAUAUGCAAGGUCGUAACAUUUGGAUGCAUUCUAAUGCAAAUAAAGUACCAUAUACUUCA